AUGAUGCUUGCGACAAGGCAGUCCUUCAGUCAGAGGGCCAAAGAACGAAGCUCGUUGUAUUUCGAGUCUUUCAAGGAAGCCGCUGCCCGGGUCGAAAAACAGAAGAGGAUGGAAGAUCUUGGGCAAAGAAAGCGUAAACGUCACUCUCCGCAACCAAACCAGAUUGAGUUUGACAAAGAAAACCUCCUGAAAGAAGUAAAAAACAUGAAGGAUAAUGAAAAGGUGAAGAAAGAUACAGUUCACAGGGGAUAUCAAUUUUCUAAUGGACAAUUAAAAAUAAUAAUAAAGAGUGACAUGUAAGAUACCCUAUUCAGGACACAUGAUAAACUUUUGAAGAUAUUUUUUAAAAAACCAUUCAAUCCUCCACAUGAUGCCAAUGACAUAAUUUGUCAUUUUGCUUUUAACAAUGCACUGUGCAUCAACACUGUCACACUGAAUUUCUUUAAUCUGGGAUUCCCCUCUCAGUUAAUUUGCUAUCAGGGCCACUUUGACAAGGGAAACCAUAAGUGCAACUUUUAUCAUGUCAAAUAUUCCAAGUUAAAAAAAUAGUAAAUCCUCAAAACGUUGCAACUAUAGGAGCAACUGUCCCUGAUGAAGUACCCUCAGUUGAAACUAUUGUACAAAUAUUAUAUUAUUUACCAUCAAAAAAGUUCUUUUUAUAAAAUCAAGUCAAUUUAACACCUGAUUUUAUAUUGCAUGCACCUAGAUUAAUUAUUCAGACCUUGCAAGAAGAUACGGUCUGACAGAUACAAGGUUGGGCAACAUGGUGGUCAAGCAAUAUCUUGAGAGCCAGGGAGUCGAUCUAGAGCGAUUUCAAGCAUUACAUCACAGCAAACGAAAUCCAAGGCGGCAACUAAUCAGAAUGGCUGGAGGAGAAAUAACUGUGCCUGUCCCAAGAACAAAUAAAGAUAUUAAAGAAACUCUAAAGGUUUGUUCCAAACUCAAACACCACCACCACCAAUAGUCAAUAAAACACCAAAAUACAAAACAAUAAAUUAUUUGGCAAAAGCAAACAGCAAUAAAACAAUAAAGUUAGGUAGCUGUUUGAAUAAAGUAAAGAGAAAACAAAGUACAGGAAAACCAUUGUUUUUCAUGCUCAUGCCUCCAUAUAACUUCCUGAAACAGAUUCCAACAGGGUUCUUUUCGCAACUAAUCCAUUUAAUUCACUCAACUUGCUAAAAAGAGUACAAAGCAGAGACAACUGACAAGUGUGCUUACUGACAGCUAAGGGGUAAUCCCUCUUUUUUCAGUAUUCAUAUUAACCACAAAAAUUUCUACACCAUGCUGACUAUAACCAACCUUAACUUACAACUAUGUGAAAGUAAAAUGAUUUUAAAAUCAAUUUUAGGUGAAACUUGAGGCAGGAGAAUACACCAUUGGUGAGCUUGUGGUUCCAAAACAGUACAAGAAGUUAGUCCUUACCAGCGAAGGAACAUUAAAGGAGGUUGUGUUCACAGUUUCUGGAAGGAAGAUACCCUUAACAGAAAUAAGAAAAAGAGAACUAGGCAGAUGUGAGCAACUUGGAGUGGUUCGAGACCAUACCAAUGAUGACUAUGCACAAAUGAGUGAUGAUCAGAUAUCUCAGCGGCUAAGAGUGCUUGGAGAUGAGGGCCAUCUCAGGGCGGGAUACUCCAGGUCAAAGAAGAGAACGACUUAUAAAAUUUGA